AGGAAGGGAUUCACCCAGGGCUAAGCUGAAGCAUCCACAAUAGGGGACUGUUUCCUGUUUUUCUUUCUUUCUUUUUCUCCCCAUCUUUAUUAAAUUGGGUAUUUCUUAUUUACAUUACAAUUGUUAUUCCCUUUCCCGGUUUCCAGGCCAACAUUUCCCUAACCCCUCCCCAUCCCCUUCUCUAUGGGUAUUUCCCUCCCCAUCCUCCCCCCAAUACCGCCCUCCCCCCAACAAUCCCGUUCACUGGGGGUUCAGUCUUGGCAGGACCAAGGGCUUCCCCUUCCACUGGUGCCCUUACUAGGCUAUUCAUUGCUACCUAUGCAGUUGGAGCCCAUGUAUAGUCUUUGGGUAGGAGCGUAGUCUCUUGUUUCCUGUUUUUCAAACUGAAACCUUUCACAUCGGCUCCACCCCUCUAAUUUCUGUGUUCCUUCAGGGUUUGUAGAACUGCAGCCAGAUUCCUUGAGGACAGUGUGAGAGCUCAUCUGUCCUGCAGAAGGCACCUGGAUUCCAGAGCUUUCACAUAAGACCAUGGCUGAACUGGAUGAUGACUCUCUGAGGAUUGUUCUGGUAGGGAAAACAGGAAGUGGAAAGAGCGCCACAGCAAACACCAUCCUGGGGCAAAAGAUAUUUACUUCUAGAAUCGCACCCCACGCUGUCACCCAGACCUGUCAGAAGGCAUCCCGCAGGUGGAAGGAAAGAGACCUCCUGGUUGUUGACACCCCAGGGCUCUUCGACACCAAGGUGAACCUGGAAACCACCAGCAUUGAAAUCAGCCGGUGUGUCCUUCAGUCCUGCCCCGGGCCACAUGCCAUCAUUCUUGUUCUGCAACUGAAUCGAUUCACCAUGGAAGAGCAAGAGACCGUUACUAGGAUCAAGGCUAUCUUUGGGAAGGCAGUCAUGAAGUACCUGAUCAUCUUGUUCACCCGCAAAGACGAGUUGGAGGACCAGAACCUAAACGGUUUCAUUGAAGACUCAGAUACUAACCUUAAAAGCAUCAUCAAGGAGUGUGACAACCGCUAUCUGGCCAUCAAUAACAAAGCAGAGGGGGCUGAGGGGGAAAUGCAGGUGCAGGAACUGAUGGGGUUUGUAGAAUCCCUGGUGCGCAGCAAUGGCGGGCUCUACUUCUCUGAUCCCAUAUACAAGUAUGCAGAGCAAAGGCUGAAGAAACAAGUGGAGAUCUUGAGGGAAAUUUACACUGACGUACUAGAGAAGGAGAUUAGAAUAGUGGAGGAGGAGUGUGGUCUUGGGAAACUUAGUACUCAGGAAGGAGAGGAAAAAAUACAAGCCAUUAGGGAAAAAUACAACCUGAAGAUAAGAAACCUACGUGAAGCAGCAGAGAAAAACAUAUUCACUUGGAUUGUUGAAGAAGUUAAGAAAGUUCUUUUGAAAAUAUGGCAUUUUUUUUCUUAAGGAGUCUGCAUUUUUUUUCCCAUUUAUUCUGAGCAUUUCUUCUGUCUCACUCUCUACAACUCACACUGCUGGCCCUUUCCUACAGCCACUGGCACAUUUAAGAGAUAGCAAACCCAGGAAUUCAAUGCACCAGGGUCAGGACUCAGUGUCAGGCUCCAAGGCUGGCUCACACUUGGCGCUCAGCUCCCUAUGCUAGCCUGUCCUCCCGUUCCCACCAUGAUGAACUGAAAUGCCUUUGUAACCAUGAGCCCAAAUAAACACUGCUACCUUUAA